UGAUAUAACCGUUUAUUUUUUGCUGUAGUUGCGAAUUUUGAAGUUUUUCAUGAAAUAGCACAGAUAGCGCUCCAGAAUGUUCAGUAACGACAUAACCUAUGUCCACCAUUAAACAUCAAAAAUAUAGAGAGAAAUAAAAACAUUUGAGUCUCUUUUUAGCACGUGUAUUUACUUAUAAGUUAAAGGAUUGUUGGUAACAUCAAUCACCAGUUGCUAAGCUGUGUCAUUACUCUUCUAUUUUAUGGAAUACAUUUCAAAAAUGUAUUAAAUUUUGGAUUUAGGAAGGAUUAGUUGGUUAGAACUACUUGAAAUUUUUUCGGAGAAAGCUAUUUUGAAAUUGCCAAUAUAUCGUCUAAAAGUGUUUGUAAUAUUGAAUAUUAAUCAAUUUAAAAUUAUGCAAUCUAAAAACUGUAUGGAAACAGAAACAAAUACUGAUGUUCCAUUAGUUGAAUCAGAGCAAUGGGACUGCUCACAGAAUUUAUCAAAUUUAUGCAGAGUAUGUGCUCGAUUCGAUGAUCAUAUGAUUCCUAUAUUUGGAAGUAAUUUGAGACAUGAUUUAUCUGGUAAAAUCAGAACUUAUUUAUCUGUAACUAUUCAAGAAUCUGACAAACUACCAUUACAAGUAUGUGACAAUUGUGCUAGCACAAUAUUGGCUUGGCAUGACUUAGUGAGUGGCUGGAACACUGCUCAACAAAAACUUAUACAAAUUCUAGAAAAAUUAGAAGCUAAGCAAAAAACACGAAAAUCUAUAGAGGUAGUUCCAACAAAAACAAGUAAAAAAGCUUCUCCAAAAAAAAUGAAGACUGCUCAAGAAGUGAUUUGUAUUUCUGAUGAUGAGGGACAGUUAGCUUCAACUCAUUUAGUUCAAACAUCAACUUCUGAUUCGAAAAAAAUGAAAGAAGCUUCUUCAGAUCUCAAGUCUAAUGAUCAAACUAAAAAACUCCCAAAAAGUCAAUUGAUCAAAAAUAAGCCAGAGAAAUCUAAAAAAGCAUUGCCAACAGAUGUAAACAGGAGACGGCUUAGUAAAGAAGAGAUCAAAAAAUAUGAAAAAGUAAUAAAUGGAAAAGCAUUUUACUUUUGUCCAAACUGUGAUAAACAUCUUCGUUCGCCUUAUACACUUUUUGACCAUAUGAGAAUUCAUACAGGAGAAAAGCCAUAUAGUUGUUACAUUUGUGAUAAAGAAUUUCGAUUGAAAAGGAGUUUGAUAAAACAUAUAUUAAGCAAACAUGCCGAUCAUACGACUAUUUGUGCCAUUAGCGGAAUAAAUAUUUAUUUCUUAGAUUUAAAUAUUGUGGAUGAUGAUAAUAAACACGCUAUGGAAGUAGAUCUGAAUAAUGAAUUAAGUUGUACUCAAGCAGGUGAAUUCCAAAAUACUGAAAAUCUAGUUGAAUUAUGUAGAUUAUGUGCAGUCACUAGCGAUCACCUGAUUCCAAUUUUCGAUGGUGAAGGUUUACAGCAUAAUUUGUCCAGUAAAAUAAAUAAAUAUUUACCAGUAAAUGUAACAGAAAAUGAUACAUUACCUCAACAAUUAUGUUAUCACUGUGCCGCAACUAUACUCGCUUAUCAUGAAAUUUCCGAAGGUUGUUUACAUGCUCAAGAAAAAUUACUUCAAAUUCAAGAAAAAAUAAAUAGUAGACAAGUGGAAGAAAAUGUUGUACCAAUUAACGAAUUUCAAGAAACUAAAGUAAAAGAUGUUCCAACAAAUUCGUUAACUGAUCAAGAGCAAAUAAUAAGUGACGAGUCAUAUAAUAAUAAAGACAAAAAGGAUGAAGAUCUCAAUUCUUCAGAUAGAAAUAGGUGUGCAGUUAUUCGGCCAAGAAAUACAGAAACUUCUCUGGCACAUAAGUGUAGGACUAAAGCCAGUCAUUCUGCCAAAGAAUCUGAUUUAUAUGACUUCGAUGAAACUAGAGAUAUUCAACAAGACAUUGGUAAUAAAGAAGAUCAAUCAAUUAAAAAUGAAGAAUUAUAUAAAACAGAAUCGAAUGUUCAAAAAGAUGAAGAAGAACAUCGAAGUGAUGGAGAAAAACAAAUUAAUCAAUCAGUAAAACGAAAAAAAUUAACGAAAAAUAAACGAACACGUUUCGAAUCUUAUCCUUGUAUGUAUUGUGAAUUCAUAGCUAAGCAAAAAAAAUUAUUAUCUAAACAUAUGACCAGAGACCAUCCAGAUUUUCCAUUAGAUGAACAAAUAAAAAAACCUUCACGAGCUGAUAAAGAAUUAAUCAAAAAAGCUAGAGUAGAAGCAAAUGGACGUGUUCAUUACAUAUGUCAGGAAUGUGAUAAGAUUCUUUUUUCAUCUUAUACGUUCUAUUGUCAUACGAGAAUUCACACUGGUGAAAAACCUUUCACUUGUCAUUUAUGUGGUAAACAAUUUCGUAUAAAACAAGGCCUAGUUCGACAUUUGAAUGGAACUCAUGCAGGUAUAAAAAAUUUUCCUUGUGAUAUUUGUACAAGAACAUUUGCUACAAAGAGAAUUCUAGAUGAUCACAGAAGAACACACACUGGAGAACGACCUUACGUUUGUAACACGUGUGGGAAAACAUUUAAACAGAAGGCAUCUCUAUUCGUUCACAAUAGAAGUCAUACAAAUUUUUUUCCAUUUGAAUGUAUUCAUUGCAACCAAGUCUUUCGUACCAGGCCCUUAUUAAUGCUUCACAUUACCAAGCAUACUGGAGAAAAACCUCACAUUUGUGACGUUUGCCAACGACCAUUUAGGAUAAAAUAUGAGUUAAAAAGACAUAAGCUUAUUCAUUCUGAUGAGAAACCAUGGCAGUGUUCAAAUUGUGAUUUAUCAUUCCGACAAAAACGUUAUUUAAUUAAGCAUAUAAACAACCACCAUAAAGACAUCAUGUCAUCAACGUAAAAAUAAUAAAAAAUGGUCUUAUUUCAGGUGUAGGAGAGAAGAUGAUCAAAAUUUGAAAAGGAUAAAAAAUAGAAUAUCUCGAAAGAUCAUUAAGAAAAAAGAUAAAAAAGUCUUGGUAUCAGUGAUAAUAGUCAA